CUGCCUCGCUCGGGUGACGUCAGCGACCCGGUCCCCGCCGCCGCCGCCGCCGCCGCUGCAUCCUCGGUGCCUGCCAGGAGCCGGCGUCCCCCGAGCCCCUCGCGCCCGGCACGGCCAUGGCUUCGGUGGCGCUGAUGCCGCUCCUGCCGCUGCUGCUGCUGCUGCAGCCUCCACCUGCCACCCCCGCGCCUUCCGCCCGCGACCCCUUCGCCCCGCAACUCGGGGACACGCAGAGCUGCCAGCUGCGGUGCCGCGACCGCUAUCCCGGUCCGCAGCUCUCGCAGGCAGAGCUGGAGGAGGAGGACCCCACGGAGUCCCCAUACGAGUAUGACAGGGCUGUCCUGAUCAGUGCUUGUGAGCGUGGCUGCCGCCUCUUCUCCAUCUGCCGAUUCGUGGCCAGGAGCUCCAAGCCCAAUGCCACCCAGACUGAGUGUGAAGCAGCCUGUGUGGAGGCCUAUGUGAAGGAGACGGAGCAGCAGGCCUGCAGCGAGGGUUGCUGGAGCCAGAACCCGGAGCCGGAACCUGAACCCGAGCCUGAGCCAGAGCAGAAGAGAAAGGUCCUGGAAGCUCCAAGUGGGGCCCUUUCGCUCCUGGACUUGUUUUCCACCCUCUGCAAUGACCUUGUCAACUCGGCCCAGGGCUUCGUCUCCUCCACCUGGACAUACUACCUGCAGACUGACAAUGGGAAGGUGGUGGUGUUCCAGACCCAGCCUGUGGUAGAGAACCUGGGGCAUGAAGGGGCCCGUCUGCAGCGAGUAGAGGUGACCUGGCGGGGAUCCCACCCUGAGGCCUUGGAGGUACACGUGGACCCUGUAGGCCCCUUGGACAAAGUGAGGAAGGCCAAGAUCCGAGUCAAGACCAGCAGUAAGGCCAAGGUGGAGGCCGACGAGCUGCAGGACAACGACUUCCUCAGCUGCAUGUCCCGGCGCUCAGGGCUCCCUCGCUGGAUCCUGGCCUGCUGCCUCUUCCUUUCCGUGCUGGUGAUGCUGUGGCUGAGCUGCUCCACCCUGGUGACCGCACCUGGCCAACACCUCAAGUUUCAGCCCCUGACCCUGGAGCAGCACAAGGGCUUCAUGGUAGAGCCAGACUGGCCCCUGUACCCUCCCCCGUCGCAUGCUUUUGGGGACAGCCCCCCACCCUACAAGCUGAAGCUGGACCUGACCAAGCUGUAGGUGUCCAUCCACCCAUGCAUUGCCAAGUGCAGGGGCUCCGCGAGCCUCGCUUGCCCUGUGCCCAGGAGUCCAGGCCAGGGUGGGACCAUCCUUGGGCUCCUCUACCCCGGAUCCUUCUUCUUUCCCCAGUCCCACCUCCAGGCCCUGGGAUUGCCACGCCCCCAAUAGGGGGGUGGGAUCUGGCCUUGGUUCCUCCCUGCCCCCCCCUUCCGCAGAGCGUGCUACUUCUGUCUUCUAUCUUGUAGCUUCUUGAGUAUUUGAGCCCCAGUUCUGUGCUGCCUUCCUCUUUCCUCUUUCCUCCCCUUUUGGGGGGUGGGGGCUGAAGGCACAGGGGAGCCACCUUGUGCUAGGGCCCCUCCUUUUACCCACCUCACCUCCGGAGAUCCAGUCCCAAGAGAGGAGGCCCCUGAGAGAGGAGGUGGUGGGCAGCUCCAUGCUGGGAGGGUGGCUGAGACUGGGGUUGCAGCAUGGGGGUCGGGAGGAAUAAACCAUGUAUAU